UAACAAUAAUUGAUUAGAAUUCGAUACAUGAUUGCAUCAUCAUUAUUGUCAUUGUUGGCAAAGGGCAUUAAGUAUGACCAACUUUAUUGAGUUGGUGAUAGGAUUUUGGUAAAGAAUGGGGAAGGGAGAGGGCAACAAAUGAAAUGUGCAUGCUACAUUCUUCUUUUCACUUAAAAGAGAUGCCUCAAAUACAAGAGAACAUGAGUCCUUUCCUUUCCACAGUAAUGGCAUCUCUUUUUCCUACCUUACAAGUUGACUUGUGGCUCUUGUUUUUGUUAUAUACCAACACAAAAGAGAAAACAUUUCUCCAUUUGGAUUUAAGGUUUUACCCUAUUGUUUAUUAUUUAAGUUAUGUGGGUUGCUUUCGUACUAGUUUUAGAAUGGGACAGGGAGACAGGGGAGAGGGAACAAUAGCAUCGAAGAAUCAAAGGUUGUAGCAGAGUGAUGAUUACUUCACUCUCUUCUUAUGGAAUCUUCGUCCAUGAAUCUUGACAACAGAGAAAGUUGAAUCUUUUCUUCUCGGUGCUUAAGUAGUCAUGUAAUAAAUAACAAAAGAGAUUGUAUUAUGAGGUGUGUACUUUCUUGACCUAAUCUCCUAAUAUAGUAAUUUCAUAUGCCUAUUUGGAAUCUAUAGACGUAAUUUAUUGAUGAAUCAUAUACAAAUACUCUCUAUUAAGUUUCAGUCAUCACUUCAAAUGAAGUUAAUGAUGUCUUUAUAAACUUAGAAGUAUAUAUUAUCAUAGUUGUUUAUCACGUCACAUACGAUGAUUGAGGGACAUCAUUACACUAAGUUUGUGUCAUAUUCGUUAUCAAGCAUGCGUCUUAAUAUAACAGUGUACACUAAUACGAGUUUGCCUCUAUGCAAACUAAUAUAAUGUAUACUAUCGUGCAAUUACAUACACAAAAGAAGUAGAAUUGAUUAAAUUCGCUCGGAAACGCGAUUCUACACCGCACGUUUAGACUUGUAUGACAGAGACCAAACAUCCCUAAAUUCUCUAUAUGUCUCUGCACAUGCCAACACCUCCCAUCUCCUCUAUCCUCCUCUUUCCUAAGCUAUCUCUCCGCCUAAUCAGUCCAUGUAGACCACAUUUCAACCAUGUCAUCAACCGUAAAAAUUGAGAUUAUGGUGACGUCAACUCAUAAUUCUAACAUUUAGAGUGUGCAACGCUCUGGUAUACGGUACGAGCCAAACCGAAUUAUAAGGACCGCGGUUCAAUAGUAAAAGAAAUCUUAAAACCAACGAUCGAACAAUCAAUUCGGUCCAUUUGCCUCGUAACAUUUAUAAAAUUCAUUAGACUACAUACGAGGCCAUAUUUUAUUCGUAUUGAUAUGGUUAGAUCAAAUCGUUCUACAUCCUAAUAACAUUCAAUGAAAUAUAUGAAAACAGAGAUUACUUAAUUACACUCCCAUAGUUAACAAUAUUAUUAUCAUUAAGAAUAAUUCAUAUUAGAAAUGAUAUUAUGACACUUUUUUUAAAAUUCGUUUGUUCUGGUGGUAUUUAAUUUGUGAGCCUUUACUUCAACAAGAAUGGCACAUACAGUUGCCAACUGCCGCACCAAUUAUUGGCCGUCAGCUCCCAAGCCGGAGCUUGGUGAAAAAGAGUUAGCGAUAAAAUCAGAUGCACCAGGUAGAAAUUCCAUCUCGCACCAUCUUCAUCAUCCAGCAGCUCCGACGGCAUGGGAUCGUCGGCGGCGGACGAGGAUCUCCCACAGGUCCUGCUGAUUAAAAACCCGCCCGCCUUCGCCGUCUUAGGAGAAGAACACUUCACUUCCCCCAAGUUCCGGUACUUGAAGGCCUUCGAAUCCAGCCUCCCGCUGCACGAUUUCUUAGCAGCCCACGGCGGAUCCGUACGGGCGAUUCUCGCCUCUCUCUCUGUCGUCGACGCCAGCGUCCUCGACCUUUUGCCGGAGGUGCGCGUCAUCGCCACCACCAGCGCCGGGCUCAACCUGCUGGACUUGCCCGAGUGCCGCCGCCGAGGGAUCAAGAUCGCCAAUGCUGGGGAUGUAUAUUCGACCGACGUCGCCGAUUACGCCGUCGGGUUGUUGAUCGAUGUGCUGAGGAAGAUCUCGGCUAGCAAUCGCUACGUCAAGCAAGGGUUCUGGGCUUCUAAAGGAGACUAUUAUCCCCUCGGUUCCAAGCUACGAGGCAAGCGGAUUGGAAUUGUGGGUCUGGGUCGAAUUGGGUACCAAGUUGCCAAAAGACUCGAGGCAUUCGGCUGCAGCAUUGCAUACAACUCCAGGAAGGCAAAGCCUGGGGUUUCAUACCCUUUCUACCAGACUGUCCAAGAGCUGGCGGCGAAAAGCGACGCUCUGGUACUCUGCUGCGGUCUAACGCAGCAAACCAGGCAUCUGGUCAACAAGGAGGUGCUGGCGGCGCUGGGGAAAGAAGGUGUGAUCGUCAAUGUUGCUCGCGGCGGGGUGAUCGACGAGAAGGAAAUGGUGAGGUGUCUGAUGGAAGGAGAGAUAGCAGGGGCCGGACUGGAUGUGUUUGAGAACGAGCCAGAGGUUCCUAAAGAGCUGAUGGAGCUUGACAAUGUGGUGAUGAGCCCUCACUGUGCUGUUCGCACCAGGGAAUCGUUGAUGGAGGUGGGCAGGCUUGCGGUGAGGAAUCUGGAAGCUUUCUUCUCCAACGAACCGCUGCUGUCUGAGUUCGAGGAUGACUGAUCAGCUUGCUGCUGCACUUUGAGGAGGUUCUUUCUGGUGUAAGAGCUUAAAGCGAAAGACGUUGGUUGGUUGUGUACCUGAGCCAUUUUGAAAGCUUGCUGUUGGUUUGUUUUGUUGUGGUCGUCUUAAGAACUUAGAUGGCGUUUAGAUGGCCGGGAAUUCUAUUGUGCCGUGCCGUCACUAAAUCUGGCCGAUUCAAACAUGAAAGGUUCGAUUUGGAUUUUUUGGACCAGGUUCGAUUAAGUGCCAAAUGAUAAUUCCUCGUUCCUACUUCCUAUCUCUUCCAUUUCUCUCUGAGAAAACCGGCGCCUCGUGCAAGUGUGCAACCAAAUCAGCGCCACUAUCACCGCCGUUGUUGUCCUCGUCCGGCCAUCACCACCGAGACUCUUGACGAGUUUUCGGAAUUAAUUUAACUUCCUCCCAUGAUCUCGCCUAAUAAUGUACACAAUUUACUGCCAUUGUACAUACUUACAGCUUGAUAUAAAUGAAUUCUAUAAGUUUCGAAAAUUUAUUUUGAAAUGAAAUUUUUUUGUGUUUAAUAUUUAGAGAGGAAUUCAUUUGCAAUUCUAAAUUUUGAAUUCUACGGAAUUGGAACUAAUUAUAGCAAUUCCGAGGAAUUGAGAUGGAAUUUGCAAAUGAAUUCCAUAAGUAUUUACUAAUUGUAAUAGAAUGACAUAAUUAUCCCCAUUUGUUAACGAAAUUACUUCUACAUAUAUUAUUUGGUGCAAAUUGAUGCAGUAUGGGAAACGUCACCAAGAAUUUGAUUGCAACGCUAGUAGCAUAUGCUAGUUAUUUUAUAUUUUUGUUUCGAUUGUAUCAGUACUUUGAAAGGGCACAAAUAGAUUGUAGGGUUCAUCCACGAAAUUUUAGAAAUGAACUAAUUAGUAGAAUAGAAACACGCAAGAACAGUUUUGAUAUUAUGCGUAUGGGACCAAAGAUGUUUUUUAUAAGAUGAAUUUUCAAUGAAUAUUGUUUCCCCGAAAAUUAAUAAGGGUGUAGUUGGAGAAACUUUAAAAGUUUAAUUCAAUUCUAAACAUAUAGCAAACAUGGUUUGAGAAUUCAAUUUUUUUAUUUCUAAAGAUUGAAUAUGACUACCAAACACAGGUUUUCUUUUGACAAUGAAUUCUACACAGUAAUUCAUUUUAAAAUGAAAUAAAUUCUCAAUUCAUUUGGUACUAAACGGUCUGUUUCACA